CGUAGGCUUCUCCCACGGCUCCUCCGCUUCCCUUUGCGCUGCUGCUGCUGCUGCUGCACCCCUUUCUGACAGCUACUAGUACCGCUUUCUCGAAGGCAACCGGACCGCAGACAAUCCUCGCUGUGGAAGAUUAAGAAAUAGCAUAUAUAUUUUUUUGUUGGUCGGAUUUAUUCAUUGUCCUACUUCGAAAAGUUGUUUAUCGGACGAAGAGACGGAUGGUUUUGGAAGUCGUUCUGAGGGAUACGAAAGUAUAAAGGAAGGUUUUCUUUUCUUUCUUUCCCCUUCUUUUUUUUUUGACCUAAACACAGUAACAUAAAGAGACAUAUAUCUACCGUUCAUGGCUGCUGGGGAAGGUGCCCAGCUGCCGGCAACAAUAGCGGCUAGCCGGUGCGUGGAGAAGUCGCUAGAGGAGGCUGCCGGGAGCGGUGCUCUGAACUUGUCGAACCGUAAAUUGAAAGAGUUUCCCCGAACCGCCCGGAACUAUGACUUGUCGGAUAUUACAGCAGCCGACCUUUCUAAGAACCGUCUGUGCGAGCUGCCAGAGGAGCUGUGCCAGUUCAUCUCCUUGGAGACGCUCAGCUUGUACAACAACUGUGUUCGCUCCCUCACCCCCAACCUCUGCCACCUACAGGCUCUCACCUACCUCAACCUCAGCCGUAACCUCCUCUCCAGCCUGCCCCCCUCGAUGUGUCAGCUCCCCCUCCUGAGAGUCCUGAUCGUCAGCAACAACAAGCUGUCGGCCCUGCCCACCUCCAUACAUACCCUCACACACCUCCGACAGCUGGAUGUGAGUUGUAAUGGCCUGCAGUGUUUGCCUGUGGAGCUAGGUCAGCUGGAGUGUCUGAGAGACCUCAACUUGAGGCGGAACCAGCUCACCACGCUGCCAGAGGAGUUGUCCGAGUUGCCCCUGGUCCGGUUAGACGUCUCCUGUAACCACAUCUCCCACGUGCCCGUGUGCUACCGUCACCUGCACCAACUCCAGACCAUAGUCUUGGACAACAACCCCCUGCAGCAACCGCCUGCCCAGAUCUGCUCAAAGGGGAAGUACCACAUCUUCAAGUUCCUCAACAUUGUGGCCUGCAAGAGGAGCCAGGAGGAGCUGGAGAGAGCCCUGAGACCUACAGGCUUCACUAGCUGUCUGUCGGACCAUGAGCUGUUCUCAGUUCAGUAUGGAGGUUUGGACUCUGGCUUCAACAGUGUGGACAGCGGCAGCAAGAGAUGGUCUGGGAACGAGUCUGCAGAUGACUUCUCAGAGCGCUCCCUGCGUAUUGCUGAGCUCACCAGAGACCAGAGGAACCUGGAGGAAGAGGUGGAGGACGACUCUUCCCUCACAGAGACCCCAGACACGGUGAAUGGGGAGGCCAAGCAGGUGGAUUUCAUAGACCGCAGCGUCACCGAGGAGAAAGAAGACUGCAGGACGAAUCGUCCCACUCCCCCCCUCACAGCGCCCCCGCAGGAGAACACAGAGGAAUCCUCACCACCACCCCAAACACAAGACUCUUCUAGAAGCAGGUCUACUGUCAGUGUGGAGGUAGGAGGGGGGCUGUCGCACCCGUCCCCCUCCAGUCCCACCCUGGAGGAGAGGAGGAGACCAGGUACCCUGCUCAUCUGGCAGGAGAGGGAGAGAAUCCAUCAGCAGAGAGACCACACGGCCAGAGACAACGGUUUACUGAAGAUUACAACGGCCAAAACAGGAAGUCAUGUGGCGACGCUGUCACAGACAGGAAGUAGCUCGAGUGGUAGCUCACCAGAGAACAUCCACACCCAGAACGGGCUCAGGCAACGAUGUGCGAGUGCAGAUCAGAUGUCACUGUCUCAUACGUCACCGGUUCAGCGCUCUGUUAGCCGAUCAGACGUUCCGUCGUCUCCCAAGACGUCAUCCCCUCCAGGCCUGAGUCAGAAACCCAACAGUUUCCUGUUCCGCACCUCAUCCCGCUGCAGCGUCAAGAGUCAGUUCUCCAUCUCAGGCUCCACACAGAGUCUGGUAGAGGCAGGCCGCUCUGAGUCUCGCUCCGUGUUGAGACCAGAUGUAGUACAGCUACGCAAGACUCUGGAGUCGAGGUUAAAGACCGUCCUGCCAGAGGAUCUAGGUGAGGCGUUGUCCAAUGGAACGGUCCUCUGCCAGCUGGCCAAUCACGUGCGGCCUCGCGCUGUGUCCAUCAUCCACAUUCCCUCCCCAGCAGUGCCCAAGCUGAGCACGGCCAAGUGUCGUCUCAACGUGGAGAACUUCAUCUCUGCCUGCCGUAGGCUGGGGGUCCCGGAGACGGAGGUGUGUGUGUUGUCUGACGUGUAUCUGUGUAAGCUGCCUGCUGUGCUGCGCUGUGUGGAGGCCCUGGUGAAAUGUGAGGUGGAGAGGGACACCCCCUACAACCCCUGCUCCUCACUGCUCUCAGAGGGCUUCUUGAUCUUCUACAGCCUGGUCAUGAUCCUGCUGUACACACUGUACUACCAUCUGGUAUCAUAGAUACUGAGGACUCUGUUCUACACUGUAGUGUGUGUGUGUGUGUGUGUGUGAGAGCGAGCACUUGGACCGAUGUGAAUUUGACCACCUAAUGCGAACAUCCACAGACAACCCGGACUUAAAUAAUCCACCAUGAAUUCCCUAAAAACACACAAACGCACGCACGCGCGCGCGCAGCUGUCCUGGCAUGAGGUAUGCAGGGUGAGAGGCAGGCCUCACAACACAGGAUGGACUGUCAGCUGCCCCAUCCAACGUUAACAGCUGCUGUCAAAAUGUACAGAACGUGACAGUACACACACAGCCUCAGCAGAGCACACUGUGUGUACGUACAACAUGGAACCAUGUGAUUCACAAAAUAACCACUGAAUUCAUGUCCUUUAAAGUUGAGAGAUUGGCUCUGGCCCAGAUUUAUGUCGUCUGAAAUACCUUUUAGAUAAAAGGGCCCUUCGAAACAUGACAACCUAUGUGAAUGAUUAGCAGAGAAAGACAUUUUAGUUAAACCAUUACAGUUGUAAUACAGAAACACUCACAUUUAUAUUUUUAAAGGGCUUCCCUACAUGACUGCCUUUAUCCCUCUGAUGCACUGCAUGUCUCUGUCUGACGAUGUCUCUGUCUCACGCUGUCCUGUCUCCAGUGAGGGGAAAACCCCUGUACUCAGAGAAUUGGGAACACCCGUUGUAACCCUUGAGGCGAUUAGAAAACAGGAAAGGACCACGUUUAUCAAAUAAGAGGACAUUUUGUGACCUAGACUCCAACAUUUUGUUGAAAGGAUUAAGACAUAUUCUCGUGGAAGCCAUUUUGGGGAAAUGAGACCAAUCCAUUCGUGCCUGUUGUAACUGAGUGCCAGUAAGAGUGCUCACUAACCAACACCUUCCACUGGUUUCUGCCUGCCGUGUCUGACUGUGGCCACCAGGGAGCUGUGUUGCUACACACUACAUUACACCGACUGCUAUCCCCAAUGCUUUUAUGUCUAAAAACUGAUGGUACAGAAACAUUUCCAAGCUUCUAAUGAUUUAUGGUAACUACUUUUUGCUGUUGCUGUUUGUUUGGUCACCGGCUUAACGUGCUUCAUGUUUGUAAAAAUGUAAACAACUAAUUAAAUUAUUUUUUUUGUCUUAUUUAUAUUUUUUAAAGAUUUGUUUAGUGUUUUUUUUCUUUUUUUCUGUCUGUUGCAGUGCUUUGGGAAAGAGCAUUGGCCUCAUAGAUAAAAGCUAACUGAAAUCAAUUGGUUUAAUUUGCUUCCUGAUUGAGUCAGAUUACUGGUCUUAGCCGUUCAAUGGGACCACUUCUCCAAAGCUCGCACGAAUAAACAUUUAGAUAAAGAUGAUGGUUAGCUCGUAUCAGUCAGAUAAUUAACUUAAGUCUGAACUGUCAUGUGAUCUGCUCUUACAGUUUAGGCACUACAUUUCCCAUCAGCCCUAUUGUGUACAAUGUUGCUGUGGGUACUCUUGGGAAGCUAUGUUUUUUUUGUGCAUUGUUGAGGCCUCCGCUUUCUCCAGCGUAAGGCUAAGUCAUAGCUUACCGAGUGCUCUGUGAAAACUCUGAUAUCCAAGCUAAUAGAGCUCGCCAGCUUGUGGUCUGGUUCGUUUAGCCUUUUCAAUGGUCCAAAUGAAUGGGGAAGGAAAUGGGGGUUAACACGUAAGGUUAUGAGAGAAAAGUCAUGUCAACUAACUGAUAUUAUGAAGCGUUUAUCUGAGUUUUUACUACAUAAAUCAAAAUUCACAAAGCGACGUUAACCGAUGAAGGUUCUCUCAUAGAACAAGACCUGUGUGUUAACGCCAUUUCCGUUUUCCCCCAUAGGCUUUGAGUUAGUGCCUACAAAAAGACACCAUUGUCAAAAAUACUGAGGUGUAAUACAUUUUACACACACACACACACAAUGUAAAUAGAAGGCAACAUUUCACCUUGUAUUUGAGGUGUGUCUCUUACUCCGAGGUGUCAUCCUAAUACUGUAAUCAGGACUUUUUCAUAGGACGGUGAUGUGUGCAUAUUGAUAGAGCUUAGUCACCUUGCAUGAAGUAGGCAAGAAGAGCGGCCAUUUUGGUGGUCGAGGCUAGGUGGUUCCAACUCGUCAUCCUUCUACUCCCGUGUCCCGAAGGGAUAUGUAGAAAUUACCCAUUUCCUCUCUUUUGUCUGUUACAUCAUUUUUGGCGCAUAACCACAGUCAGUCGUUGUUGGAAUUGCAUUUGCGAUUUAAAUAUUUCAACCAAAAUGAGUUUUUUUUAUAAAAAUAAACUAAAAAAAGGUGGAACCACCACCAUUAUUCACUGGUUUAGAAAUGAAUUCUAUUCUUUAAAAUGUUAACUGAACAGAAAUACUGUUGUAUUUUGUAAUAUUUAUAUCAUACCUAUGUAUUUAAAUGAGUUUAUAUAAAAUCUAUAGUUUUUCUCCUCUGUAAUGAAAUUAUUAAAUAAGGAAUUUAACCAUU